AUGGUUCCUCUCAUCUUCGCUGGUGUCAACGGACACCUCGACACCAUCCCCGUCAACAAGAUUCUCCAGUGGGAGUCUGACUUCCUUUCUCACCUCAAGACCAACGAGUCUGAGCUCCUUGCUACCAUUGACAAGGAGGGUGCUAUCUCCAAGGACACCGAGGCCAAGCUCCGUGACGUCACCCAGUCCUUCGUCAAGAGCUUCCUCGGUUAA